GAUCCUCUGCAGAACGAAGCAGCUGCGAAUUCCAUGUCAGGGACAGGAAACUUGGAUCGUGGAGGGAAUUUGAGCUUGCUUACUGGUUUAGCCAUUCCUUAUACCGAGGACGUUUUUUCUGAACAGGAUUACUUUUCAACAAAUGGAAAAGGUGAACUUUCUAAGAUUGCUGAUUAUUCUGCAGAUCAACAGCUGCAGUCUCUUGAUCCUGUGUUUGCUGAGACUGAAUCUGAUGCUGCAAACUAUGGGCUUUUUGAUUUCAGCCAGCAUUAUAGGUAUGAUGAGGAUGCACUUGAACAGCCUAUCUUUUCCAAUCCAGAGAGUGACUUCAAUUCUGAUUUGACCAAGAACUCUGUCCCUUUAGUUGCUACUGAUUACCCUGUAGCUUCAGAAUCUGAAGGUGAUGUGGAACAUGUACGCUUUACUGAUCAGAGUAAUGACCCUGAUGUUGACUUCCCUGAAGUCUUUGCAUAUGCUAAUUUAGUUACUUCAGCUAAAGAGAAUGUGUCCAAUACUCUAGCGACAGAAAUGCAUAUAGGUGAACUUGGCAAUGAAGAGUUUGACAACUAUACAUCUGGUACCUACUCUGAAACCUUAGGCUAUGAUUUUGCCUCGUUUUUUGCUCUUUCAAAGGAAGGUAGUGAUUCUUUGCCCCCUGAAGAUGUAGUUACUGGUGACCUUACUGGAGUGCAUGCAGCUUUUGACUGCUCUGUGCUUACUGAUAUAAAUCUGGAAUUGUAUGAAGCUGUCAAGAUUACCAGUGCACGCAAGUUUCCUAAUCUCUCCAGAGGUCGCGUAUUGCCAAGCAGCGUCUAUGAUGCCUCUAUAGGACCCUACGGUGUCUUCAAUCUACCUAUUGAGAUCCCAGGAAACCCUCCUCGCUGUAGCACAGCGGCACUGGCAGAUCCUUCUCCAAAAAGUGAAAGCGGGCCAACCUCUCUGGUUUCGGCAACUACAUGCGGUGUUACAGAAAUGACCAUCAAAUUGUUUGGUGGAAGGCUGACAGACCUCAAAGUGCGAGUCUCCUUUAUACUUGUUGAAGUAAACAAGAUUAUGCAGAGGUGCAGGUACAAGGUGUUGGAGAAAAAUGGAGUUGUCCGCUUUACAACUGACUUCAAAGGUUGCAAUGUGAAAGAACUGGGUGGGCAAUAUGUCUUGACCCUAAUGUGGAGAAACAAAUAUGUGAAUAUGUCCUGUCCAAUUCCCACACCUGAUAGACCUAUUACAAUCUGUGGUGACAGAAGCAUGACCAUCAAACUCCCAGCUGGACCAAUAGAAGCACUUCGUGUAAAAGAUAAAUUCAACAAAUGGGUAUCCAUUCACAAAGUUGCUGUUCAAUGCAAAUAUCAACUGUUGAGUGAUUCAGAGGGAAGGAUCACUUUCACUACUUCAUACAAUGGAUGUCACGUGAGGAGACUGAUGGAUCGUUAUUUCUAUAACCUCUACUAUCAGAUUGCUCCAGGGAAGCUAGGACAGACACUCAUGUCUUGUAGGACCGGAGUUAAUGUUGCAGUCCCACCUGAAGAGUCUUUGCCGUCUGUGUUUUGUGCCAAGUCUGGCAUGAUAAUCAGAUUGCCUAAGGGAAGUCUUAACGCAGUCAAAGUGAGAGUGAAGGCCAGGUGA